UCUCAACAAUUUCAGAACUUUCAAGAUUCUUAAAACCCUACCCCUCUCUCUAUAUAUAUUGCACCAUUAAACCCCAUGACAGAACCAAACACAGAAGAAAAAGAAGAAAAGAAGAAGAUCGUCAAAGUUUACAAGGAUGAGGCUCAGCAAAAAUAUUCCAUUUUUGAUCUUUUCAGUUGGCUGCAUAUUGCAAAUGGCGUCAAUGUCAGAAGGAUCAUCAAUUCUACCAUUAUUGUUAGACCAAAUGGCCAAUACUCCCAGUAGUCUACUAACUGAAACAUUUCUUGAUCCAUUCAGAAUGUUAGAACAAAUACCUUUAGGGUUAGAAACCAGAGACGAGACUCUGUCCGUAGCUAAAGUAGACUGGAAAGAAACGCCAGAGGGACACGUGGUAACAGUAGACGUCCCAGGUUUAAAGAAAGAAGAGAUAAAGAUAGAGAUGGAGGAAAAUAGAGUGUUGAGAGUGAGUGGAGAGAGGAAGAAAGAAGAAGAGAAGAAAGAUGAUUAUAUUCAUUGGCAUUGUGUUGAAAGGAGCUAUGGAAAAUUCUGGAGGCAGUUUCGUUUACCAGAAAAUGCUGAUAUUGAUACUCUUAAAGCUAAGCUUGAAAAUGGUGUGUUAACUAUUUCUUUUGCUAAGUUAUCUCCUGACAAGAUUAAAGGUCCUAAAGUUGUCGCCAUUGAGACCAAAGAAGAAGGAAAAAACUCUUCUCCUUCUGUUAAAGAGGAGCUCUAAUGGCCCUUCCAUUGCGGGAUACUUUACGGUUUGUUUGGAUGGUUGGUAACGUAUCAUUUCAUAAUGUAUCGUAUUAUAUUGUAUUAUAUUUUACUGUACUGUAU